ACAUAAUAAUUUUCUAUCUAAAUAUUUGAAUGAUGUCAAAGGCUUGUAAACAGUUAACGUUUUUUGUGAACCUGAUAGACAAACCCCGAGAAUAACAUUAUUUCAAAAUUUAUUCGCAAGGCAACUUGGGAAAAGAGACUAGCGUAAACAUGGCGGCGGCUUUAGGCAGAGUUCUGUCCUUCAGUAGAAAUGCAAAGGUGCUCGUUUCGCCUUUAAGGUUAACUGCUGUACCUGUUCACCGUUACAGUUUGGAGGUUUCCAGCACCGGUGAGCCCAUUACUCACACCGGCCAGGUGUUUGAUGAACACGAUCCCAGGAGAGCCAGAUUUGUUGGCAGACAGAAAGAGGUGAACAAGAACUUUGCCAUCAACCUGGUGGCAGAGGAGCCAGUGACAGACAUUGAGGCCAGAGUUGUGUCUUGUGAUGGAGGUGGAGGGGCUCUUGGACACCCUAAAGUGUACAUCAACUUGGAUAAAGACACAAAAGUGGGCACAUGUGGCUACUGUGGACUUCAGUUCAAGCAGAAGCAUCAUCACUGAAACAUUACCUUUGUCUCUGCUUCUCUGUAUAAAUUGCCAUAUUGGUUAAUAAAUUAUAUAAUGUC